GCUUCAUUUCACUCAGGCGCCCACUAGGGCACCUAAAACGUGAAAAACUAGGUUAAUCCCGCCCUUUGCGGCUCGCUAUUGGUCUAAAAGCUGCACGUUAGGCGAAAUCUGAUUGAUUAUUGGCUGAUGUAGCUGCUCGUCAUCGCGUAGUCCGCGUUUUGGGAGUAUAUAAGUCACAGAACCGCCUCCCGUCCGCCAGAGCGAGGUUCUGCAGCUGAGCGGAAAGUUCUGAUAGGAGAGAGAUAGAGGAGUUUAACCAACAAAAUAAAACAGCAAAACAUUAAUAACUAAUUUAUUAAUAACUAUUAAUCUAUAAUUUACACACAGAUACAUUUAAUCCAUAUUUAUAUGCAUAUUUAAAAGGGAACUGGGCAGCGUUUAUUGAGCUUUAUUUUUGAGCUCAGGAUAUGUGUGUCUGUGCUCAUGACUUAUUCAUGAGUGUCAUGAGUGGAGGCGUGACCAUGCAAAUUCGCGGCGUCCGGGAGGCGGAGCUUCGCACAGGAAAGGUGGGUCCAUGCUUUCAGACGUAAACUCAACGAUUUCUGCUUUCUGCUGCUUCCAGCUGCGAUUCUUACAGAUCAAUGUCUGAUCCUUCAACUCUACCACCUUGAACUGUACUGAUUGGAAGAUGAUUGAGAUGUCUGUUGACGAUAAAGAGACUGUUUUACCUAGCGAGCGUCCAGGCGACGCCUCCUUACCCCCACCGCCUCAACGGCCCACUCAACUUUUAGAGAAAUGCUCUGAAAACCAUCAGCAACCUUUGGAGAAAUGCAUCUCCAAGCAGGAAGGGACUCAUAGCCCUGCUGAUCGAGGAUCUGAAGAACCUGAGGAACUUCAGGAACUUCAGGAACCUGAGAAACAUGGAAACGACAACAUUGAUAAUCAUACAGGACCUGAUUCCUCCACCCAAAUCCAGAACGGCGUCCAGCAGCCCAAAUCCCAGCAGAAGCUGAACAAGCGUCGCAGCACCAUGAGCAGCGGCUUCAAGCACCCGGUGUUCGGCAAACGCCGGCGCCGUGCCAACUCUGAGAGCGAGUCGGUUCUACCCACCAACUUCUAUUUGGGUGGGAACAUCUUCGAUCCGUUGAAUCUCAACAGUAUGUUGGACGAAGAGGUCAACCAGGCACUCAAUGCCGAGACGCCGAAAUCGUCACCACUUCCAGUGAAGAACAGGGACCCUGUGGAGAUCCUGAUUCCGAGAGACAUCACCGACCCUCUGAACCUGAACUCCUCGACGGCCGGCGACGAAGGGCUUCUUCUGUCUCCACUGAAAAGUGGUGGUGGAGGUGGAGGUAGGAGACGACAUCGCAACAGGCAUCACGGUAUUAUAGGCGUUGGUGGAAGUGGUGGUAAAGGGGUUGAAGGUGGUGUGUUACCCCAAAUUGGUGACUUUUCUGAGGCUGAGAAAGGUAAGUCUGAGACGGAGAUGAUGUUGACGUCAACGUCCUCAGAACCUCCUUUGGAUUGUGUGGCUUCUGAACCUCCAGAGAAGGAAGCUUUAGAAUCAAACUCUAUUUCAACCCAAGAAGCUCAAUGUUCGAGUGCACUAAACUCUUCCACAGAUGGCGGCGAUUCGAAACGAGACGAGAGGCCAACAAGUGGUGCACCAGUGUUGGAUACCUCCAAUCCAACACCUUCUACAACCAUCUCGCCUACUGCAACACCUGCCGUACCUGCUUCCCACCGUCAACGUAAGCGCAAACGCACUUCUAGCAAGUCUGAGAACUUUGGUGCUACCUACUGCGACAAAGCCAACAAAGCUACUACUAUUACUACUACUUCUAGUGGUUCUACUUCUACUUUUACUUCUUCUUCUUCUUCUGGUGUAGGCCAACCUCAAGCCAACCGCAACCAAGGUACAGGUCUUCAGUCAAUCCAGCAACAGCAUCCAAACCAGAGGAAGAAUCAGAAGAACCAACAGAAACCCAACCAACAGCACCACCACCAACAGCAGCAGCAGAAGAAGAAGAAAUUCCAAUAUGGCAACUACGACAAAUAUUACGGUUAUCGAAACCCGGGUUUAACGGAAGAUCCUCGACUGCGGACGCUCAAACCCGAGUGGUUCAGAGGGAAGGAAGUUCUGGACCUUGGUUGCAACACUGGCCGCCUCACCUUGUCUAUAGCCAUGAACUGGCGACCUUCACGCAUUGUUGGUUUGGAUAUAGAUGGUUCUCUGAUCCAUGCAGCUCGAAAGAACAUCCUGUACUUUCUGUCGGAGAUGCACGUGAUGAAGUCACGCUCUGGCGAGAAGGACGAGAGCGGCGACAAGGCGGAGAAACCUGAAACUACAAGUUUGGAGAAAAACUACAAAUCGGAAAGUCCUGUAGACAUGGAAGUAGAUAAAGAAGGACAGGAAGGGGAAAAGGAUGGUGUGAAGGAAGAGGAGGAGAUGGUGGAAAGAAGAGAAAAGGUGGUGGAAAAAAGGUCAGAAGAUGGAGUCGAUGGAGAUGCUAAAAAAACGAAAGGAGAAGAAGAAGCUGUCUCCGCCUCCUCAGCCUCUUCCUCCAAUGGGAAUUGUGUAUUCCCCGUCUCACUCCGGAUCUCCAGAGGACCAAUCGCUGCUCCUCCACUCCCAGAUACAAAGCCUCCGUCACCUGGGAACUUCCCUGCCAACGUCUCCUUCGUCAAGGGUAAUUAUGUACUGGACAGUGAUUUGCUGCUGGUGACUCAGAGGGAGGAGUUUGAUGUGAUUCUGUGUUUGAGUGUAACUAAGUGGGUUCACCUGAACUGGGGGGACGUCGGACUGAAACGUCUGUUUCACCGAGUUUACCGUCACCUACGACCCGGCGGCACCUUCAUCCUCGAACCCCAGCCCUGGAACUCCUACAGCAAGAGGAAAAAACUCACGGAGACGAUUACUAAGAAUUAUUACAGCAUUUGUUUAAAACCAGAGCAGUUUUCCACGUAUCUGAUCAGUGAGGUGGGAUUCUCCAGCUAUGAGCUCAUCGGAACCCCCAGCAAUUUAUCCAGAGGUUUUCAGAGGCCCAUCUACCUGUUUCACAAAGGCCCCGCCCCUCAGAAGUGACGACGUCUUCAGACCCGCCCAGCUCCUUUAACGAGUUCCUUUGACGAGGUUGUUUAACGAGGUAUCGCUGGGAUCUCUGCAGCUGAUUGGAUCUGAUUAAUUGAUUGAGUUUGGUAUCAAGGCAGCUUUUGGCCUCUUUGUGGAACUCUUUUAAAUCUCGCUGAUUUUUGAUUGGUGCAGAGGGACCACUGGGGGCGUGUCUACAGCGUUCUGUUGCAUAAUUGGAUGUCCAGAGAGUUAUAAAGAAGCAGAGACUGGAAUUAAAUGGGCUGGAAACAACGCCUUUGUUACAGAACAGUGUGGGGAAAUGAGCUUUUUAAACUGAACUUGUUGAAUUUUUGUUUCUGCAAAAUCCUUAAUUUUGUGUUUUUUGAAUAAUCUGUUUUUUUUGUGUUCGUUUUGAGGCGUUUCUGUUGGUUUGUGCUCUUCACUCUGGUUCACCAAGUUGGUAAUGUUUACUCCUGCUUUAGUUUUUCCAGUUUUUUUUUAUUUUGUUUUCUGUUAUUCUUUGAGUUAUUUUUUGUUUUCCUUGGUUUAAUAGUGAAAUCUGAUCUAAAACAGACCGUUAUCUUUUACGUUAUCUUUAUAUAUGACAUCACAUGCCCUAAUCUGCCUUCUUUUUGUUCUGACCUCUUUAAAUCUCAGCGUUUUCUUCACACUUACAAUAAUAAUAAAGCCACUUUCUGGAA